UUUAAUUUUUUAAGUAAAUCAUUUAUUCAUCAUGAACAACAGCAAUGAAUUAUACGUCAUUUCUUGUACCUCCAACAAGAAAAAAUCAUCACUGAAAAAGAAAAAACCUAAGAAUAUUUUUUUUCUAUACCGGGACGAAAUGAUGCAUCUUAGGCCACAUAGAAUGCCAAUGUGUGAUUAUAAUAGGAUAAUUAGAGAUAAGUGGAAUGAAUUACCGGAUAAGGAAAAAAACCGGUAUAGACUAAUUUAUGAAAUUAAUCGUGAUGUGACCGAGGACGUUGAACAGACGUCAAGUCAAACGAAGGAAGUACAAAACAGCUGUGCAGCUUGUGGCAUAUCUAUCGAAAACUCUGAGAUAUGCAAUACAUGUGUAGAACAACUAUAUCAGUUUGAUUCAAUGAAUAGCUACGAUCACUGUAUGCUAUGCAGCUCAUUUAGUGGAAACUCGAGGAUUUGUAUCGUGUGUUAUGAACAGUUUAAUACACAUCGGUUUGAUAAUUCAUUCUUCGAUAAUGGAGAAAUUCCUACAUAUUAUGGUCCUAAUUACGAUACCAAUUACCCAUCUGAAGGUAUUUUGGGUUUAACUGAUAGAGAUUAUAUAGAUUAUGAUAAUUAUAUCAUGUUUGAAGAAUGAAGACUGAACGGAAGUCUAAGUCACAUGAUUUUAAUAUCAUGUGACGCUUAUAUCAACUUUUUGGUUUUUUUUACGGCAUUUAGGCAUUUAAAUAAUUUUUUCCUAUUCUAUUUAUUUCGUUUUUUAAUCGAUAAUUUUAAUGUUUUUUUCUUCGUUUAUUUUAUUUAUUUAAGUUUCUUCGAUCGAACUUAGAUUUUUUUUUUAUUAUCCUUCGUCGUUCGUGGCAAAUCUGAAUAUUAUUGUACUUUAUUAAUAAAGUUAUUUUACGAA